AUGGCUGUGAGGCAGGCAGCGGCGGCGUCUGGGAGGGACGAAGAGACGGCGCUGCUCCUGGAGAGGGUCCAUUAUCGACAUGACCCGCGCUGGCUGCUGCCCGUGUCCCCACGCCUCUGCCUGGCCUGCGCGCUAGAGCUGCUGCCGGAGCGCGGCGUGUCGUUAGUGCGCAAGAAGCAUGUUUUGUCCUGCUUUCGAGAUGCCCUUGUGAGGCAUGCCUCCCUGGUCACACAGCUGGUGACUCAGGACCAGAGAGUCUGCAUCCACUUCAUAAAUAUCCUUUAUGGACUGUUAUGCAAUGUAGAAGAUGGGAAUGUAACAGACCUCUGUAUUGAAGUUCUCAUCCAGCUUAUGACACAGCUGAAGCUGGAGCAGACUGUCCAUUGCCUGCUGGAUGAGUGCCACAAAGAGCUGUGUAACAUGCCCUCCAUGCGAGGCAGCCUGGCCACCCUGACUCUUCUUGGCAAGUUGGUGGAUGCCAUCCCUGCCUUGGCAGACAAGCUUGUAAUGGAGCAUGGUGGCCUGAUGGAGCAUCUGCUGAGAGGUUUGGUAUACCCCAAUGAAGGGAUCCAAGCUUCUGUCUGUUACCUGUAUGGGAAGCUCUACUCCUCACCCAUGGCUGCUGACAUGCUUUCAGGCCAUUUCCGGGAAAAGCUGUGUCCUCUUUUUCUUUCUACCCUGGAAGGUGCCCAGACUAAGGAGCUCCAGAUCAACUGCUUGGGUUUGCUGAGGCAGCUACUGAAGUAUGAUCUCUUUGUGUCCCUGAUCAUGAACAAAUCUGCACUGGCAGAGACUGCUGAGAGGGUUGAGAGGCCACCAGGAGAGACCUCACUGCCUUUGGUGCUCAAAAAGUUUCUCCUCUGCAGAGAUGAGACCCUGCAGGUGGCCAGUGCUCAUUGUAUAACUGCAGUGCUGGUCCACUCUCCAGUGAAGCAUGCCCCAGCCUUUAUCCAUGCUGACAUCCCUGAAUUCCUCUUUGAACAUCUUUCCUCAUCCAGUGAAAUGCUCAUCUGGUCCAGCUACAACUGUUUGAUACUCCUGGCAGAAGAGCCACUCUUCUUUUCCAAGUGCCACACGGUGUAUGGGAUUGAGGCAGUGGUGAGGAGCCUCCAGGGAAGCCUGAAGCUGACCAACACAGAGCUGCACAAGCAGGGCCUGCUACUGUUUGCUGAGAUCUUGACUCGGCAGCCGGAGGAGAUCAGGCUGUUCACAAGCUCGGCCUUGUGUGGGGAUGCCGGCCGUGCCCUCCAAGAGGCAGUGAGUAGCCCUGUGCUGGAGGUGGCUGCUGAGGCCAUGAAGGCCACUUCUGCUUUCCUGAGGAAGGACCAUCAGAGUGCCCCACCUGUGCAGUACCGGACCCUGCGGGCCUUGCUGGAAGCCAUGUUGAGCCGUUGCUCCGAGUUUUCCCAGACCCCAUUGAAUAGGAGGCUUCUGGGCCAUUCCUGCAGUAGAGAUUCAGAGAAGGCCAUUCUUCGAAGGGGAAAAUUCCUCCUGAGCACUCUGGAGGGAUUUAGAAAUGCCUGCAGGUUGGCUAUGGAAUUCCAGGGUGAGCCUUUUGCCCAGGAGAAUCCCUUCACAGCUCCCAGUGCCAAGAAGGAAGACACCUUGGAGGACUUCUCAGAAUUUCUUCUCAAUGCCUGUGACUCUCUGUGUAUCCCUAUGGUGAUGAGGCACUUGGAACAGGCCACCCACCCAGCCUUGAUGGAAGUUUUCCUCUCGAUUCUGCAUAGCCUCUUUAUCAUCGUUCCCCACAUGAAGAAAAAGUUUUCCAAGAAGCUCGCUUCUUCAUCCUUCAUACGACUGACCCUGGAGCUUAAGGCCAGGUUCUGCAGUGGUUCUAGUCACUCAGCCCUGAACCAGGUGUUUUCAAGUUUCCUUUACUGCAUGUGCCUCAACCUUCUCUCAACUCCAGAGAAGACAGGACCACUUUCCCAAGAAGAGCUCUCUGCAGUGUCUGAGCUCCUGCAGCUUGGGUUGCCCCAGGUAAGCAGCAGGAGCCCUGAAAGCCUUGCCUUCCUGUCUGAUCGCCAGUAUAUGGAGGGAGUUGCUCGCCAGAGACAGUACUGCAUCCUGCUCCUCUUCUACCUGGCCUACAUCCAUGAGGACAGGUUUGUCUCAGAGGCAGAAUUAUUUGUGGCUGUGCAAAGCUUCCUCUUGUCUCUGCAGGACCAGGGUGAGCACCCCCCACCAGUGGUCCUCAAAGCCUCCAUUUAUCUGAUUGCAAUCUGCCAGGACAAGGACAGUGCACUAGAUGAGGCUAUGGUCAUUGCAAUCAGAAAAUUCCUGGAGGGAAUCUCAGACCUGCACCUGGUCUACACCCACCAUCCCCUUCUGCUCAGGUUCUUCCUUUCAUAUCCAGAACUGAUGAGUAGAUUUGGGCAUCGAAUCCUGGAACUUUGGUUCUUUUGGGAAGAGAGCAGCUAUGAGGAACUGGAUGAUAUCCCUUCUCCUGGGCAAAACACCCUUCCUUCCAGCUUAGCAGCCCUAUUCCAGAUGCUCAGAAGCAGCCCUAGCAUCCUGCUCAUUUUGCUGGACCUCCUCUAUUCCAGUCCAGUGGACACAGCCCGCAAGGUACUGAUCAUCCUGAGGACCUUCCUGAAGAGGAAUGAGGAUGUCCAAGUGGAUGGUCUCAUCCGAGGCCACUUCUUGCUCAUCCUGCAACACCUGUUGGUGGAGCAUGGGGCUUCCCCCUCAGGAGCCUCGGGGAACCUGCCACUGCUGCUGAGCCUCCUCUCUUUGGUGCAGCUGAGGAACAAAUCAGCGCAGGAACUGGACAGCAUGGCCAUGAAACUCCUUCACCAAGUGAGCAAACUGUGUGGGAAGUGCAGCCCCAGUGACGUGGACAUCCUGCAGCCCUCCUUCAACUUCCUAUACUGGAGCCUGCAUCAGACCACGCUCAGCAGUCAGAAAAGAGCUGCUGCAGUGCUCUUGAGCACCACGGCUCUGGUGGAGCUUCUAGAGAAGAUGCUGGCACUAACCUGGACAGAAAUAAGCUCUCCCACCUGGGCAGAGGCUAGCUCUCCCAGGACUGCACUGCUCUGCUCUGCCUGGCUGCUCACUGCCUCCUUUUCUGCCCAGCAGCACAAUGGCAGUUUGCAGGUUCACCAGACACUGUCCGUGGAACUGGACCAAUUAUUGAAGGCCCUCAGCUUUCCGAAGAAAAAGCCUGCACUGCUGUCAGCUGCCGUCUUACGUUUCCUGCGGACAGCACUGCAGCAAAACUUUUCCUCUGCCUUGGUGGCCCUGGUACCCUCAGGGUCCUGGUCACUACCAGCUCCUGAAGAUACUGUUCUAGCUCCCCUGGGAACAUCACAAGUGCUGACCCUGGUGAUCGGACUACAGAACCUCCUUGUGCAGAAGGACCCUCUAUUGUCACAGGCCUGUGUUGGCUGCCUGGAGGCCUUGCUUGACUACCUAUAUGCCCGGAACCCAGACCUUGCGCUCCACGUGGCCUCCCAGCCCUGGAAUCGAUUUUUGCUAUUUACUCUCUUGGAUGCUGCAGAAAAUUCCUUCCUUAGAUCUGAGAUAUUGAGGCUUAUGACCCUGUUUGUGCGGUACAAAAGCAGCAGUGUCUUCUCUCAUGAAGAGGUCGGUCAUGUACUACAAGUUGCGGCUUUGACUGACCUAUCUACCCUCUCGAACACCACACGCAGAGCUCUUCGUGACUUCUUUCUUCAGGUCCAAAGUAUGGGUCUCCUGAUUGAUCACAGCACUAUCCAGACCCUAAAGGCUUCCUUGGAGGGCCUGCCCCUCAGUGCCUUCUCAGACCAACCACCGCUGCAUGACAUGCUCUGCCUGGGAGGGGUGGCUGUAUCACUGUCCCACAUCAGAGACUGA